AUGUCACCAUCCCAGAAGCAGCAUGGGUUGAUAUCGCCAAUCAUUAACCACCAAGGUUCAAUGUUCCCCUCUGCAGCUAAGCGUCUAACAACGACAACAGGAGGCCAACGACGCGCGAUAGUCCGUCCCAGAAAACGACAGAGGAUAGAGACAGGCGCUGAGCUACCCUGCACCUCCCGGCUAACUUAUAGGGAGGCCAUUGGCGAUGCAGAGUCAGCUAGAGAGCAGGCCGAGCAGCAUCGUAUUAUUACAGCGCGAAUGCCGCUCCACGCUCUCAAGACUGAAUGGAGCAUAGGAGAAAACAGACAAGUGGAUUGGAAACACGUGCAGAAGCUAUGUGGGAUCUUUAAGAAGGGUGGUGUGAAGCGGAAGGCAAGAGAGAAUCGCAUAUUAGUGUUGUGCGACCGAGAGGAUGUUUUCAAGAUGAAGAGGCACAUGGGUUUGGAUGAAGACGCCCAAGUCUCACCGGAAGGAGAACUUCUUUUCUUUGAGGAUUGGUGCUCAGUCCACGGGAACAACGGCAAGGUCGAGGUGAUGGCGGGCCAGCAUCGAAUCAAGGCGCUAGAGACGUACGUCCUUCAGAUGAGGAUGGAGAGGAAAGAGCUAUGGUGGAUAUGCGACUUCUACGACCGUCGUACGCUACCCGACCGGGCGAAUCUCCAGCUACGAGUCAACCGCAAGGACCCCGUGAUGGUGGAUAGCCACGGCCAGAUCUGGGCGCAGGUAGUGGCGGCGUCGAGCAAGAACGAUAAGCUCCUACGAGAGGACAAGACGGAUAUUCUAAAGGCUAAGAUCACCGAAACUCUUCACCUGAGUAGCGACAUUUACUUCCCCAUUUCCAGGCUUAUGACGAUUUGGAGGAAUGAGAGGUGGAGGGAGAUGACAAGCCAAUGGAUAGACGAUUACUGGUUCUCGGCAUUCCGUAGUGUGCUGCGCACGCUGUCCCAAUUACCAGGAGAUGCCAAGAAGAAAGUUUCCGGAGCAGACUGGGAGCAGAUUUCGAACUCGCUUCCUGCAAAUCGCCGAGAGGCUGACGUGCAGGAGCUAUUCUAUCCUAGCCGAGCGGCACGGGGUACUGGUGCCAUGGUCGAACGCCAACCUGGCCUUCUUGCCCUGCUUGGGGAUGAAGCAUACCGGGAGGUAUACACGCGCAUCGCAAAGACACCGCGGCUAUGCUUUGUCCCUAUCCAUCGCCUAUUGGAUCUAUCGCAAGAUGAUGGGCGCGUCUUGUUUCAGGUGAUGACCCACGUUGUGUCGUGGCUGAAUUCCGCGCCGACGGUCAUCACGAAUCAACGAGAUAACAGGAAGCCAGCACUGAGGAGCGAUCUAGUACUAAGGCUUCAAUACUGCUCGGCCCAGUUUGUGCGAGCGACGGAGAGAAGGUUGGAUAUGUUUCUAUGGGAUGACGACGAUACGAGGAGAGCAGGCAUGGCAUUGGUGGAUUUACCUGCAGAAGCUGCAUCUGUCAUGCUCCAGCAGGAAGUCGUCGACUUUGCCCGAGACCGCCUAAAGGACCUCAAAGCCCCGGCUGUGAAGGCGUACCUCAAACAACCCUGGAACCAGGCUGAAGAUGAGGACGGAAGCAUAUAUGCCAAGCGAUUUGCUGACGAGGCAUGGCUAGGGCUUCUCGGGAUUGUCCGCCGGUAUGUGGGAGACGAUUUUCGUGAGCAGUGGACGGCCUACUACUACUGUAGUAUAAUGGCUAACCCUGAUCUCUUGGGCUCCCUUCAUCUAUUCUACGACGCUGAAGCGCGUGUCCUGAUCUGCACCCGCGAUCAAUGCAAGUUUGCAUUAUCCACGGGGCCAUCACGCGUGACAACACAUCUUCGUGAUAAGCACAACAUCCCCUCCGAGGAAAGGAAAGGGCUCAGCCGACUUCUCAAGUCCUUGCCCCCACCCGGGCUCCUCGACCCCGAUGAGGCCCCGCCUCGAGCCGACAGGUCUGCCGAGCACGACAAGCUGCGAGUAUACGAAGGUUUUGCCUGUGUCCACUGCGUAUUCCGUACCAUCAGCCUCCAGCUCAUGCGGCGACACCUAUCCGGUCCUCAAGAUGACUGCCCUUUCCAGAAUACUCAAAGCCGCAUCCGUCGCCGUCGCGAUCUCGACCAGCAGUUUGAGUGCGUCUACCUACAGACAUGGACGACUGGCUCUACGCGGAAAUACUGGAUCAUCCAGCGAGGUGGAAGCGUUAUCCGGCCGUUGGAUGGCCCGGCGGUCCAGUCCCACCUGCGAGCCGUGCUGAUGCGGGAACUGGGCCGCCAACAGCGCCCCCCUGCGCCAGAGCCGGGUGUGACCGAAUUCGCGUUGAAGAGGCCCUGGCUGGAGCGAACUAGAUGGGAUCGGACGUUUAGCGACAGAGGCCGCCGCGACUUGCUCGCCGCCCUGACACGGACUUGUACUUCCCCGGGCGGACGGGAGUAUGUCCUUGGAUGUCCUGAAGGGGUCGAUGAGGACCUUGUUAGUCCGGGUAGAGACGAGGACCUGAUCGCCUUCUUCCUCUGUCUUGCUGAUGUCAUGUUGGACCGGUGCGAGGAGACGGUGAGGAAUACUAGCCGACAUAUUCUCUGCUGGCUCAAGAGCACUCAGACAUCCUCAAUCUAUAGCAAGCCCUUCACGCUCGUGCAGCUUCCUUCAUCUUCAGCUAAGUAUCGGCUCAUACUUAAACGAUGUCUGGCGAUGGUCUUUCGCCUCUACCGAAUGGCCCCUGAUAUGCGUAUGCGGGCUGCGGGCCUGUCACUGAGUCGGAAGCAGCUGCAGAUCCUGGAUGCAAUGUGGGCACACGAGGCAGCUGGGGACUCGGCCGGACUAGAGAAGCUCGCUGGCAAGUAUAGGAGUCCGAUUCGUCGUGGUCAAGCAGCUACCGACGAUGAGGAGGACGAAUGCGGCGUUGAGUAUAACGAUGAAGCGGAGGAGGAGCAAGACGACGAUGACGAAGACGACGAAGACGAAGACGAAGACGAAGACGACGAAGAGGAGGGGGGUGAUGGUCUGGAUGAGGAUCGGGGCUUCACCACGUGGAUAGACGACCUUAGG